AUGGCACCAGCAGUAGAAAAUGUCGUUGUACGACAUGAUGAUCGACAACAGCCACUACAGGGACCGCCGGAGAAGCCACAGUACAGGUUAGGAUUUUCUAACUGA